UGUAGCUGUGGCUCCCUUGAUCCUCCUAACAGGCCUUGUUUCUGCUGACUCUUUUCUUUGUCCUUUCCCAAAGGAUAGGAGGGAGCCCUAUUAACCAAGGAGGCCAAAGUCGAACCAGGGUUGCGUUGGGCUGCUUCUCAUUCUGAUGAAGAGGAGCUGUUCUAAUAUCCUUAAUGCUGUUGUUGGCAGUCAGAAACAGAUUCCAUUAUUGUCGAUCAAUGCAGCUGUCAUGCGGAGGGAGGGGAAGGAGGGAGGGACUCUUCCUAUUCACAGAUUGAUCAACCUGCCAUUGCAUGAGCAAAUGUGUUGUAAGCGAGUCAGACGCUACUGUAAUUGUAGCUGGAGCAGGGAAGGUCUGGUGGCGAUGCAAACCUCUCUGUUGUUGGCAGGAUUCUAAAUGGUCUUCCUUCGGAAAACUGAAAAACAAAGCUACAAGAAUUUUGUAUCAUUUUUCCCCCCCUAAAAGGAGGGCCGUCAUAUAUUACACUUUAUUAACUGCAUGGCUUUGCUAAUGUUUGCUGUAGCUUGGUCAUUUCUCUUUGUCUUUCCAUGCCUCCGCAUUUUUAAAAGCUGUUUUGUCAUUUUUAAACUGGAGGCCACCAGCCUGUCAUCUUCUUUUUACUCUUCCUGCUUGAGCUGAGGAGCUGACAUCAAAUCUCUCCCGCCUCUGUCUUUUAAUCAGAUAAGUCCGUCAGCCAGGGAGACCGGAGUCAGGCCACACUUUCUUUCUUUUUUUUUUACAUUCCAUUUUAUUUGGUUCAGCCAAGAAGCCAAAGUACUGGCCUCCCAAGACCCUCCGCAUUUCCCCGCUUUCCCUUCCCAGAUUUAUGCUGCCAUUAUCUACUGUAUGGAAAAGUUUUCUAGCUGGAGAAUGAGUCUCCUUUCUCCUGGGGAUGCGGCCGAGUGGCUGGAUAGCAGCACAGAAGAUGAGCGAAGCCUCCUGUCAUUUCUUGAGGUUCCACCAGAGAAAUCUCCUCGAAGACGGAGCAUCUCCGGAACAAGCAAUCCCACAGAUACGUCAAAUACAUCUCCUUUCCGAGUACCAGGCUUCUUUAGUAGACGGCUUAGAGGCUCAAUCAAAAGAACAAAGAGCCAAUCUAAACUAGAUAGGAAUACCAGCUUUCGUCGUCAGACCAUUGAAGAAAGGUCCCCUGGCUUGUCGAAGCUGAAGCAAUCAUUUUCCCAUGAAUCUUUGCUGACUCCAGGAAGUUCUAUUGAGACUUUCAAUUUUGGGGCUGCUGACAACGUCUUUGUAAUGCCACUUCAUAGCAGUAUAAUUGGACGAGACUUCUGCUUUGAGAUAUCUUGUUCUACUUGUAGUAAAUGCUUCAGUUGUACUUCUGCUGCUGAAAGAGACAUCUGGAUGGAGAACAUACGGAGGUCUCUCCAACCUAACAAGGAUAAUUGCCGUCGAGAUGAGAACAUGUUACGUCUUUGGAUCAUUGAAGCCAAAGGUUUGGCCCCCAAGAAGAAGUAUUUUUGUGAAAUAUGCUUGGAUGAAAUAUUAGUCGCCCGAACUACCAGUAAAUCAAAAGCUGACAAUAUUUUUUGGGGUGAACAGUUUGAGUUCUCUGGCCUUCCGCCCACCUAUCACAUUACAGUCCACAUCUACAAGGACACUGAAAAGAAAAAGAAAAACUAUAAGAAUAAUUAUAUUGGUCUGGUCAGCAUUCCCAUUGCUACUGUAACCAGUCGACAGUUUGUGGAAAAGUGGUACACCAUCAGCACUCCCACAGUCAAUAAGGGGAAGUCGGGUGUGCCAUCCAUCCGGAUCAAGUCACGGUACCAGACCAUCAUUGUCCUUCCUAUGGAAAAAUAUAAAGAGUUUGCUGAAUUUGUAACCAACAAUUAUACUGAAUUAUGCUCUGUUUUGGAACCAGUUAUAAGUGUCAAAAACAAAGAGGAGAUGGCCUGUGCUUUGGUGCACAUUCUUCAGAGCACUGGCAAAGCAAAGGAUUUCUUGACUGAUCUGGUGAUGUCUGAAGUAGAUCGCUGUGGGGAUCAUGAUGAGUUGAUCUUCAGAGAAAAUACACUUGCCACCAAAUCCAUUGAGGAAUAUCUCAAGUUGGUGGGACAGAAGUAUCUUCAAGAUGCACUAGGUGAAUUUAUCAAGGCAUUAUAUGAGUCGGAUGAGAACUGUGAAGUGGAUCCCGGCAAAAGUCCACCUAAUGAGUUAGCUGAUCACCAGGAAAAUCUCAAAAUGUGUUGUGAGCUGGCCUUCUGCAAAAUUGUCAAUACCUACUAUGUCUUUCCCCGGGAGCUGAAGGAAGUAUUUGCAUCAUGGAAGCAGCAGUGCCUCAAACGGGGAAAGCAGGAUAUCAGUGAACGCUUGAUCAGUGCCUCACUUUUCCUCCGAUUCCUUUGCCCAGCCAUCAUGUCUCCAAGUCUCUUCAACCUCAUGCAGGAAUACCCUGAUGAUAAUACCUCUCGUUCACUAACACUAAUUGCAAAGGUUAUCCAAAAUUUAGCAAAUUUCACAAGAUUUGGGAACAAAGAAGAAUAUAUUACCUUUAUGAAUGCCUUUCUAGAGCAUGAAUGGACACAUAUGAAAUGCUUCUUGGCAGAAAUUUCAAACGAGGACACCAUUGCUAAUAAGCCAGGAUUUGGAGGAUACAUAGACCUGGGGAAGGAGUUUGCUGUCUUGCAUUCUUUGCUGUGGGAAGUUGUUUGGGAGGUGGACAAGGGUGAAAAUUCCUUCCUACAGGCAACAGUUGAAAAAUUGGGUCCUUUGCCACGCAUUCUCGAUGACAUCUCAAAGGAUACAAUCCACCCUCUGCCAAUCCAGCAACAGUUGAGACGUUAUCCAGAUCAUAGUUCAAGCCCCAAUGUCUCUUCUGGGCUGCAAAAAAUAUUUGAAGACCCAGCUGACAGUGAGCGCAAGUUGAAGACAGCCCCUCCAGCAAAUGAAGACUACUUCAAAGGAAAAUUGCUCUCGAUGCAGCAAACGUCAUCCCGGAGUGUGACUUACUCAGAUCAAGGCGAAGAGACCAAUCUGCCCAAUGUCCGAAGCAUAUCGCUGAUGAAUCUCCAGGAUCCCAAUGUCGCACAGUGUGAAUCUGGAUCCAUGAUGCACGAGGCCCCGGUACGUUUAUCUGGCAGUCAGAUUUCAGUCAUCCAGGUGGCAAAUAUCAAGCAGCUCAGAACACCACAGACUGCCCCCCAAGUAAGGAGACCACUUCCCUCGGCAUUAAAUCAGCAAGGCAUUCUUCAUGCUCUUUUUUUCCAGAAUCCAGUUUACCAUCUCAACAAUUGUCAGGCAAUUCCUAAAGUGUCCAUGGAAUCAAGCUUGGAUCUCCUGAGUGUCACCAGUACCCGAAGCCUGAAUAGUGAAGACCUUAAUCUUAGUGUACUCAGCAAUAGCAGCAUGGAGGAUUAUGCCAAACGCAGCACCCUGAAUGAAGAUUUUCCUGGUCAGGGCACCCUACUGGACAAACGAGCUAUGCCAGCUCCUCAGAAUUACACUGUGCAGGUCCAAAUCCACAAAGCGGACCAAGCGAGUUCCAGCUCAAGGAUCAGAUCACCCCGCUCACUUCCCCACAGUGCUUCUCUUCGGAGCACAGGCAGCAAGUCUGUAGCAUCUGCCACGAUGGCAAUGGAGCCUCUUCAGGAGGGAAAUCAAUCCCAGCAACAGUCUUCCUCCUCCCGAGAGAGCCCAGUUCCCAAAGUGAGAGCCAUUCAGCGGCAGCAAACACAGCAGAUGCAGUCACCUGUAGAUUCUCCCCCUAUGUCACCUGUGGAAAGGACAGCUGCUUGGGUCUUAAACAGUGGACAGUAUGAGCAAGUGGAGGAAGAGGCAGAGCAAAACCCAGAUGAAGCCAAUCAUACAGAAAAGUAUCAGGAAGAGAUUGUCAAGCUCAAGGACCGCCUGAAGGCAUCAAGUCACCGGUUGGAGGAGUAUGAGCAGCGCCUCCUCGUGCAGGAACAACAAAUGCAGCAACUCAUUUUAGAGCACAGAUCAAUGAUGGAAGAUAGCAAGGAGCGGCUGCGAAAGCAGCAGGAAGAGAAAGAUAGCCAGAUGAAGAGCAUCAUCAGCAGAUUAAUGGCUGUGGAAGAGGAACUAAAGAAAGACCAUGCAGAAAUGCAAGCGACCAUUGAUGCUAAACAGAAAAUAAUCGAGGCACAGGAGAAAAGGAUUCUCUCCCUGGAUUCAGCCAAUACAAGAUUGAUGAGUGCCCUAACUCAAGUGAAGGAACACUAUGGCAUGCAGGCCCGGAGCAGCGCCUCUCCUACUAAUCCCCCCAGGCUUUCUAUCACAGAGAAUGGGGAAUUUAGGAACAGCAGCUGCUAAUUUCAAGUUGUCCCACCAAACGAAUUACCAUCUUUCAUUUCCCUUGCCCACUCCAAGCCUAGUUAAUCCUUUCUAUCACAGAGGAUGGGGAAUUUAGGAACAGCAGCUGCUAACUACAAAUUAUCCCACCAAACAAUUUGUCAUCUUUCAUUUCCUUUGCCCACUCCAAGCCUGAUUGACCAACUCCUUUGGUGUUCUCCAAAAACUCCAGGAAAACUGGACUGCCUGCCACCACCAUGUAAGACCUGCAUUAACAACCUGCUUGGGCUUCCUUUCAACAUUGCAGCUGGUAAUUACAUUUCCACAUUUCAGUGUGCUAGUUUUUCAACUUGCCUCGACCAUGGCAGCAACAUGUCAUGGUACAUAGGGCAGAAGAGGCUUCAGGGUACAUAGGGCAGAAGAGGCAUCAAUAAUUGCCUGACUAAGUGAGCACAGAAAAGACUGCUUAAUGUAA